AUUCUGGAUGACAGAGACAGUGGAGCAUCUUCGUGAUUUCAAUUACUACAAACUGAACUCAGACGUAAAGAAUGUCCUAGCUGAAUACAUUUGGAUUGACGGAACCGGAGAGAGGAUGAGAUCUAAAACAAAGGUAUACGCAGGUUUAUUAUACCUACUAGGUCUACAAAGGUGCAAUCACCUAGCUAUCAGAUUUAGAAUGGUGGACCUACGAUGGAUCAUCAACAGACUAAGCGAAUACCAAAUGGUCCGAGAUAUAUUUGAAACCUGUGAUUUAUGUUAAGGAUCCCUUUAGAGGGAGUCCACAUAUUUUGGUAUUAUGUGAGACCUAUCUCCCAGACAAGAAAACACCAGCUCGGUAUAAUUUCAGGUAUUUUUCAUUUCAAUAUAUUUGCAGAUUCAUAGCCAAUGAAAUCAUGGAAAAAGCAAAAGACUUCAAACCUUGGUUUGGAAUUGAAUAAGAGUACUUCUUAUUAAAAAGGACGGGGACUACACAUAUUUGGCCUCUCGGUUGGCCAACAGGAGGAUUCCCUUAUCCUUAAGGAAGAUAUUACUGCUCGAUUGGAGAGAGGAACAAUUUUGGAAGAGCUUUGGCUGAAGCACAUCUAAGAGCUUGCUUAAAUGCAGGACUUAAGGUCGCUGGUAUCAAUGCUGAGGUUGCACCAUCUCAAUGGGAAUUCUAAAUUGGAAUUGCUGAAGGCAUUGAAAUUGGAGAUCAUCUAUGGUUGGCCAGAUACAUAUUAGAAAGACUGGGAGAAGAAUUCGGUAUUGAUAUUAACUAUGAUCCCAAACCAAUAUUGGGGGAUUGGAAUGGAUCAGGUGCUCAUACAAAUUAUUCGGAUAUCAAAACUAGGGGACCUGGAGGAUAUCAAUACAUAAUCAACACAUUGAUUCCAUUAUUGCAGAACACACAUUAGGAGGUCUUAAAGUUAUAUGGAGCCAAUAAUGAAUAGAGAUUGACCGGUCAUCAUGAAACAAGUUCAUAUGACACAUUUUCGUGGGGAGAUGGUUCUAGAGGAGGAUCCAUCAGAGUACCUGUAAUUACAAAAGAACUGGGAGCUGGGUAUGAAUCAUUAUAAGCUAUAUUUCUAGGUAUUUGGAAGACCGAAGACCAGCUGCUAACAUAGAUCCAUAUUUAGUAAGUGCAGUCAUUGUUGAUGUUGCCUUAUUAAAUAGUACCUAUGUGAAUCAACUUAAAUAGUUAUUGGUUGAUUCUGCCAAGCAAUUGUGAAA